AUGAUCACUAAGUGGCUCCAAGAACAUCUCAAGAAGAGAUCAAGAAACGAAAAGGAUCAAGAGAAGACUAUCAUGGAUCUAUUGCUCGACAUCUUACCAGAAGAUGUUGUGAUAGGUGGACAUGUACGCGAUAUCAUUGUCAAGGCAACUAUUUUGGUUCUUACAUUAACGGGAUCAGACAGCACAUCCAUCACGUUGACAUGGGCAGUAUCGCUGCUGCUUAACAAUCCGACUGCUUUAAAAGCAGCAAAAGAAGAGAUUGAAAAUAAGGUCGGGAAAGAGAGAUGGAUUGAAGAAUCCGAUAUACAAGACCUCAAGUACCUACAAGCUAUUGUCAAGGAAACUCACCGGCUAUACCCACCGGCUCCUCUUACAGGCAUCCGGGAAGCAAGUGAAGAUUGUUUACUUGGAGGAUACCGUGUUGAGAAAGGCACACGCUUGCUUGUAAACAUUUGGAAACUUCACAGGGAUCCCAAGAUCUGGCCUGACCCUAAAGCAUUCAAGCCUGAGAGGUUCUUGGAGGAGAAAUCGCGAUGUGAAAAGAGCGACUUUGAGUAUAUUCCGUUCGGAACAGGAAGAAGGUCUUGUCCAGGGAUGAAUCUUGGCUUAAGAAUUGUUCAUUUAGUGUUGGCUCGGUUGAUUCAGGGGUUUGAGUUACGCAAGUUGUCUGAUGGACCUUUGGAUAUGGCUGAAGGGCCCGGUUUAGCCAUGCCAAAGAUCAACCCGGUUGAAGUUAUGGUUAAGCCUCGGCUGAAGCCCGAGUUGUACUAA